GGAAUAGGGAGCGUGAUGUCGUCGUCGUCGAAUUAGCGGCGAGCACAUCGGCGAUGCUGGUGUUCGCGGAUUUUGCUUGCUCGGUCGGAUUUCAAAUCCGGAGGAGGAUGGAUAUGUGUUGAGAGGCGCAGGAUCAUCGUCGUCUUUCUGCCUUGCCUUCCGCUGCUGCCCACGCUUUCGCACGCCCCACCCCCACCUCGCCAUUCCCAAGGACAAGUCUUGCAGCACCGAUUUUGCCCAAUUUUUGGCCUCCGUUGUUAGCUGUUGCCUCGAGCUGGCCAGUUAGCUCGGUGACGCGGAGAUUCGGUAGGUUUUUUUUUUUGUGUUUGUGUUCGUUUUAGAUUUGAGGUUGGUGGGUGAUGGGAUUAGAGGCCGUGGAGGUGGACUGGUGGAGGCGGACUGGCGUUGUGGCUUUAGUGGAGGUGGGCAUGGUUCCUGUGUGGGCUGAAUGAAGCAAGCGCGGCUUUCUGUUUCGGAACACGCCUCUGGAGAAUCACCACUCGAUUGAUAUGACCAUCACACAAUGAGGUCUAUGCCUGUGGAAACUGAAAAUUUGUGGCUUAGGGGACUGAGUGGGAAUGAGCUGGGCUUUUGAUCUGCCCCUUCCGUGGUGAGUGAGCAACGGACAAUGGCAACAGCAGUGUACAACAUUGUUCUCGGUUUACCUCAGACGGAUGUCCCCCGCAGAGCCUGUGGAGUGAGGUGGGACAGAAAUCACAGCCAUGGCAGGGGCUCCUCUACUUGGCUUCGGCGGCUGGAGCGUGGAUUUAUGUCCUGUAAUGCAAAUAAAAUUGGGUCACCACCGCCAAAGGCAAGAUGGCCAGUGGACGCUAUCUCAAACGAGGCAUUGUCGGCUGAAUGGACGCCGUCUCUUUCCAUCGAAGAAGUUGUCCAGCUCCAAGCACAGGAGGAGGAAUCUCGACUCUUUCGCAAUGGGCCGCCGCCGGGAGAUCUCGCGGAGGUGGAAGCGUACUGUCGCAUUCACAGGUUGGCGGAAGUCUUGCACGCGGCUGUGAUGUCCUCGUUACGUACUUUGACAUUGGUGCAGGCUGGCUAUGCAAAUGACAGGGAUAUCCCUGUUCUAGAGGAAAAAGUUGUUGCUGGGCUUGCUCGCAUAGGGGCCAUCUUGCAGCAGGGCCGUCUGGAGGUCGUUGGAAGCCGACAGUUCGUCAACAUGGUGAAUUCUCCUGGAUUUGUUCCUCCGCUGGCACGGUUGCGGGCGGAGCUUAAGGAGUCGUGUGAAUCACUUCAAAAGGCACUCGAAACAUGUCUAUAUCCCUCUCUCAUUCCUGAAAGCAUUUACAGGCCGCUACAACGCCUACAUAACAUAUGCUACGAUGCUGGUUUUCCAAGGUUGCCAGGCUCCCCAGACCAUGCUGACAUACCGAACCUUGCUGCCGUUAAGUUAUGCCCUUUCCAAGGUGGAAACCCUAACCUUAAUCAGAAUGAAGAGAUUGCAUUCUGGCGAGGAGGACAGGUCACGGAGGAGGGUGUGGAGUGGCUUCUGCAACAAGGAUUUAAGGUUGUGGUGGACAUGCGGGCUGAGCAAUCCGGUAGUCCGUUUGUGCAAUCUAUGCUUGAAACUGCAGAGAAGACGGGAAAGCUGAGGAUAAUCAAAAUGCCCGUGCCUUUUCGCACGGCUCCCACGGCAGAGCAAGUCGAGGAGUUUGCUAAAUUGGUAGCUGUCCCUGAGAAUAAACCACUGUAUCUGCACAGUCAAGGUGGAGUGGGGCGUGCCUGUGCCAUGGUGUCUAGGUGGCGGGAGUACGUACUUCAGCUUAGUGGAGAAGGGAUGCGUAACCCAACCAAGGGCUCGUUAGAUAGCAGUAACUUCUCAAGUGAUGGAAAUACCAGUGAUGAUGUAGGUGCAGCUUUGCGUUUCCCUACAGAUGAUUCAGCUGAUGAAGGCGCCUCUGAUUACAGCAACUCCAGAUCACUUGACGCAGGAGACCGGGAUGCUAAGGAUUCCAUCACUCCUAUGGAGAUAUCUUCCAGUGGUGACGAGGAUGACCAGCGCAUGAUUACAGCAGUUAAAAGCUCCUUUGAGGCUCAACGUCCUGGUCCAAAUGUAUUCAAUAAAAGUUCAAUGUCCCAAUUCAUGAAACGGCGGAAGACAACCCCUCAGGGAGCAGGGCCUGUAAUUGGAAUUAGCGAUCUAGCUGAAAGCACAGCAAGGAGGGAUCAAAUAGGUGGGAUUGCCGGGCCGGCUGGACAAUGGAGAUUAGCAGAACCAGGUAUUCCUCGAGCAAACGCAGGUAAUGAUUCGUUAGUGACAGAGCCAAGGGGAUUUCCUGAAACUUCAGAAGAGAAUGGAAGACUAAAUCAACAGACUGGUGCACAUAGUGAUGUAGCUGGCGAGGAAAUUAGAAAUGAAAGUAGUAAUGGCGCUGCGGUGGACGGAGAAGUGUCUUCCAGAUCUGAACAACCAGUUGUGCGGAAUGGAGGAUUGGUUAGGGUAGACCCUGCCGAAAGUCAGGGUAGAUCUGAAGUUGAGAACGCCCCAAUAGUCGAAGGGGAUAUGUGUGCAAGCACCACUGGAGUUGUAAGAGUUCAAUCUAGACGCAAAGCAGAGAUGUAUUUGGUGCGAACAGAUGGCUUCUCUUGCACCCGUGAGCGGGUGAAAGAAUCCACUCUUGCUUUCACACACCCUAGCACGCAGCAACAGAUGCUCAUGUGGAAAACGCCACCUAAGACUGUUCUACUGCUGAAAAAGCUUGGGAUGGAGCUCAUGGACCAAGCACAGACUGUGGCAUCUUACUUGUUUCACCAGGAAGGCAUGAACGUGAUGGUUGAGCCAGAUGUGCACGAUGUGUUUGCCAGGAUACCCGGGUAUGGGUUCGUGCAGACAUUCUACAACCAGGAUACGAGUGAACUACACGAGAUGGUAGAUUUUGUGGUGUGCCUCGGCGGGGACGGUGUGAUCCUCCAUGCAUCUAAUCUGUUUCGUGAAGCUGUUCCUCCAGUCAUCUCUUUCAACUUGGGCUCGUUGGGGUUUUUGACAUCGCAUGCUUUCGAGGCCUUCAAGGGGGACUUGAAAUCUAUUAUUCACGGCAGCGGGGUUUACAUCACUCUGCGCAUGAGACUCCGGUGUGAGCUCUUUCGCAAUGGGAAACCCAUUCCUGGCAAAGUGUUUGAAGUGCUCAACGAGGUGGUAGUGGAUCGCGGCUCCAACCCUUAUCUCUGCAAGAUCGAGUGCUACGAGCGAUCCCGACUCAUCACGAAGGUGCAAGCGGAUGGAGUGAUCGUGGCCACCCCAACGGGCAGUACCGCAUACUCCACCGCAGCAGGAGGUUCCAUGGUCCACCCCAACGUGCCGUGCAUGCUAUUCACACCCAUUUGCCCACACUCGCUCUCCUUCCGGCCGGUUAUCCUGCCUGACUCGGCACUUCUGGAGCUGAAGGUGCCGGAUGAAGCCAGAAGCAACGCCUGGGUGUCAUUUGACGGCAAAAAACGCCAGCAAUUGUGCAAGGGGGAAUCGAUGCAGAUCUCUAUGAGUGAAUACCCCAUGCCCACUGUGAACAAGCUUGACCAAACGGAGGAUUGGUUUGCCAGUCUGUCGCGGUGCUUCGGCUGGAACCAGCGAAUUGAGCAGCGCUCCAUAACUUUCUACCAGGAAUAGCUUCAUGUACAGGUACAUACUCGUCCACUAAGACGACUUUCAGAAUGAUGAAUGUCGUCACAUGUAUCACUACUCGCGUUUGACGCCUACACAUAAAACUCCGAUUUUUCCUUUCCUGUUUGUAAUGUAGUGCAGGAAACUCUGGCACAGACAGCAUGGUUGGACCCGCCGAUAGAAACCUGUUACAUCGGUACUGUGGUGAUAUUCUCUUGUCUGCUCUUGUCUAUAGCGUAGUAAUCAACCCUUUGUCUACAGAUUCAGUCCAUAAUUUGGGCUUUUGAGUGUAAUAGAGCAUGGGCCCUUCCAACCCACAUGCACAUGUGCACAUGA